AUGAUUGACGAGAAAGCCCCACAACAUCCUCCGCCCGCGUACGGGCAGCCGCCGCAAGGCGCAAGCUACAACCCCUCGCAAGGACCGGCGGGAUACUCAAGCCCACAACCAUACCCUCAGACCCCACAACCGUACCCUCACACCGAGGGAUCGAAUUCGUAUGGCGUGCCCGGGGCUCAGUCCCCGCAACCAAUGGGCACCCCGGGCUCGGGGCCCCAGCCAGGAUACCCCCCUCCACAGAUGCCUUCCCAGAUGGGCCCUCCACCACAGAGUCAAGGUCCACAGCUCACCGCAGGAGCGGCGUACCAACAACAACUGUUCGCGUUGUGCGCGGCGGGCAACCACGACUUCGAGACGAAGCACGGUAUCGCAGGUAUCAUCUGCGCGAUCUUGUGCUUCCCCUGUGGUUUGAUAUGUCUCUUCACGGACGUGGAAAAGCGAUGUGUGCGGUGCGGCGUCCGGGGCUCUGGGUAGGUUGAAAUUCGGAUGGCCCGUGGGAGGUAGCAGCGUCAGGGCGUGAUAUUGACGACGGGCGUUGAUCUGGGACGAGGGGCAAAGGAUGAGUCGGGUUCGGGACCGCAGUGCGCGCUGUUGGAUGCGCCUUCCUCUUGCUUCGUGUAGAUGCUGUGCAGUACCGCCGUUCGCACCUAAUUACAUCCACCGUGCUGUGCAGUGAUAUCGUAUGUUCGUAUCCUG